CCCCGCCCACGCACACAUGACCCGGGUCACGUGACGGGAAACCUGUUACUACGCCCCACCCCCUUGCAGACCGUCAGGCUUCUCGGCUAAACGGAGGGAGGCUAGCAGUUAGCUUUAACUGUCAAGACGGCGAGAUGAGUUUCCUGGGAGGAUUGUUUGGGCCGGUAUGCGAGAUAGAUGUGGUGCUGAAUGAUGCGGAGAACAGAAAAACCGCCGAGUUGAAGACAGAAGAUGGAAAAGUGGAGAAACACUACCUAUUCUAUGAUGGGGAGUCAGUGUCUGGAAAGGUGAAUCUAAAUGUAAAGCAGGGAGGGAAGCGUCUGGAGCAUCAGGGCAUCCGCAUCGAAUUCGUUGGCCAGAUAGAGCUGUUCUCUGAUAAGAGCAACACCCAUGAGUUUGUGGACUUGGUGAAAGAGCUGGCUUUGCCCGGAGAACUAGCCCAGAACAGAAGCUACGACUUUGAGUUCAUGCAGGUGGAAAAGCCCUACGAGUCCUACACCGGAGCAAACGUCAGGCUAAGAUAUUUUCUCCGGGUGACAAUAGUUCGCCGUCUGUCUGAUUUAGUGAAGGAAUAUGAGUUAAUUGUUCACCAGCUGGCCACUUAUCCAGACGUAAACAACUCCAUCAAGAUGGAGGUCGGCAUUGAAGACUGUCUUCACAUCGAGUUUGAAUACAAUAAAUCCAAAUACCACCUGAAGGACGUGAUCGUUGGGAAGAUUUAUUUCCUCCUGGUCAGGAUCAAGAUCCAACACAUGGAGCUGCAGCUCAUCAAGAAGGAGAUAACAGGCAUUGGUCCCAGUACUACCACAGAGACAGAAACGGUUGCAAAAUAUGAGAUCAUGGACGGCGCUCCAGUUAAAGGAGAAUCGAUUCCAAUCAGACUUUUCCUUGCAGGAUAUGACUUGACACCCACCAUGAGGGAUGUUAAUAAGAAGUUCUCCGUCCGCUACUUUCUCAAUCUGGUGCUGGUGGACGAUGAGGACAGGAGAUACUUCAAACAACAGGAGAUUGUUUUGUGGAGAAAAGCUCCAGAGAAGCUGAGGAAAAGAAACUUCCACCAGCGCUACGAGUCGCCCGAGCCCAGGAGCCAGCCUGUCUCCGCGGAGCAGCCGGAGAUGUGAGGGGCCACGCCUAGAAAAACUGAGAACACACGCAAGCGCAUCACAGCUCCUCCCUUCGGAACAGCCAGGGGGUGUGAGGGCUGACCCCGCUCUCUCCAUGGACCGAGAAAUGUCUGUAAACACAAAUACACAUAAGUUAUCCUUCCGACAUCCCCUAGCCCCCCAGAAAACCCUGCUCACCACUUCACAGCUUCGGACGUGAGCUGCCACCAUUUCCACUCUCCGCCAGAGCUGAAACACACAAACAGAUGCGCACAAAAAAAAAAAAAAAGCAACAAUACAAGUCUGCUGAAUAUCGACGGUAAACGGUAAAGUGAAAAUCAGCCCAGUUAGAAAACACAAUGAGAUGACCAAGUAAAUUCCAGCUCCCUGGAUUAUGAACACACCCAAGCACGCAUCCACGAAGCCAUACAGCCUCAGUCUGCUGAACCUGCAACCUAACCAGGAAGUAAAAGGAAGAGGCUGCUCAGACCUGCAGACUCCCUUCACGAUCAACAGCUUCUCUUGGCUUUUGUCUGAUUCUGGACUUUCUUUCACACGUUUCCCCACACCUUACACAAAAGCAAGGCCGUCCAGAGUCCGCAUGAGCUGCUCUGGACACGAAAGGCUUCAAAGACCGGAAGAGGCGGCGCCGCGAGGGGACGCUGCUCUGUAUUUAUGUACACUACCUGACUGUGAGCUGCUGUUCGCUGAGCUGGAGAGUCGAGGAUUUCACAGUUAACCUGUUUUAUUACUACAAACAUGUUGCAGCGGUUCACCGACUUACACGCAAGCGUUCUGCUUUUAAUUGGGGAGUCAAGUGCAAUAAGUGUCCACAACAACAUAAGCCCCCACCCCCCACGCUGUACUCCUGACUUGAAAGAAAACCAUUUCACCUUUGUGUCUGUGUUUGCCACACACAAUAUAUACACAAUAUGUGAAACCUUUUGUAGUAUGAUUUAUCUUAGGGGGAUUUAAUUAGGUCAGAUAGGUUGGUUUUCUUUCUGUCUGAGGAACAAAUUUGAAAAAGCACUUCACAUAACCGAUGAAUAAACAUUUCACUCUCUUAAGAUAAACACAUCAAAUGUCUAUUGUUAUAACAGGAAGUUUGUAACGUUAAAUGCAUUUAAAGUGAAAGUCUGGGCACGGCGUGCUUGGUCCUCGCCGGUGCCAUUUCUGACUGAAAUACUGUAUAUUUGCUAUGGUGGCAUCGGUUUGCUCAUAUUGUAGAGAUAAAAGGCGUUUUCAGAGGGUCAGUGCAGAAUUUCUAAUAACUUUGACUUCAUUAUAGUGAAGGUCUGUUGUGUUCACCUUUUUUUUUUUAUUUCCUGCCAGCUGACCAGUCCCUCAGUGUAAAACACUUCUCAUUUAGUUUCAGCAGCUCAAAGAUAGACGUGGCAGUAGUGCAGCCGCUCUCGCCUGAUAAACAUCUUCCCGUUGUUGCUGUGUAGCUGCUAGCCUGAACGAUCAGCCUGUAUAUUUAACUGAUAUUGUUAGUCUUCAGGGGUAAAGCUUUUUGAGCCCACCGGUUCGAUAUAAUCAGAAUAAUAAUGUAAUAAACGGUUUAUGGCUUCUAUUUUAACCACGGGAAGGGAUGUACUUUCCAUAUACUGUAAAUGCAACAAGGCUCCACUGUGAUGCUCAGACCUGCGGUUUAGGUCUCGCUUUAAUGACACUGUUACCGGUCCCAUGUGAUGGUUGCCUCCAGCUCUGAUCUGUGGACAGUUUGCACUUUGCUCUUCAGUGCUGUACUCGGUGUUGAAGGGGCAUGUUUCCUGAAAGUUAUCAUCGCUCAAGGAACAACUUCACCUCAGAUUUUCUGAGUCUUUUUUUUCUUUUCAUUACACACUUUAAUUCAAUCUUUGGUUAUUUAUUUUUCCAUCUUUCACAUUUUGACAAUGGCUGCAUUAUUGGGGGGUGGGGGGGCAUAUUAACAAUGAAUCUACAGACAAAUCUACAGUUCAGGUUUUCUCUGUCCUUUUAUUCUAGUUUGAACCUGUAAUCUGUGUGUAAUUUAUUUAAAAAAAAAAAGUUUUGUUUUUUUGAUGAGUGUUUUGGUAGGAUUUGUUGGGUUUUCUUUGUGGUCAGAAGUUGUGGGGAAAAAACACUUCGAAGCCAACGGUUUCUUUGUCUUCUGCAUGUUUGUCCGCUCAUGUCAUGGUGUGACUGUGUGUAUGAGAUAAUGUGUAUAUAUUCUAUACACCCAACCCAAAUAUAUAGCUAAAAUGAAUCAUGAAUAAAGCAGAUUUAUACUAAACUUAGUUUCAAAAA